AUGUUUGCCAUAAAGACACUUGGCCACUUGUGUGCUACUCGAUCAAUUCUCCAUUUUCACCGAUCGACGUAUUCAACAACAGUAUUGAGAUUAAACUUAAGAUUAGUUCAUUGUGUUACGAUGAAAAAAUGGCUUGAAAAAGAUAUAGUGGUAUUAUUAUUUUAUGUAUUACAUUCUAUUUUUAGCCUUGAUAAAUUGUUCAUAUCAUCGAAUUUUAUUUCAAUAUCAAAUGUGAAUAAAUUUUAUAUUAAUAAUAAUGAAUCAUUUAAUGAACAGUAUUUAAUAAUAGCAAUGACUGUUUGUAUACAAAAACGUGAUCGUUGUCGUCUUUGUUUUUCAUUAAUUUUACGUGAUCGUUCAACAUUAUUUUCGUCCAUAUGUUGUCAAAAGUAUUAUCAUUUAUUCAAACAUAUACAACGCACGAAAAUUCCAUUUAAAAAUUAUAGCCCGUUCAAAAGCAAAAUUUCAAAUCGAACAGUUUGUUUCCGUGAUUUAAUUCUACGUUAUCUACAUACGCAAUUAGAACCAAUAAAGAAUUUUUCAAAUUUUAUUUGUUAUGAUUGUUCAACUAUUUUAUUAGAUAUUGAACAAUGUGCAAAAUAUUUAAAAAGAACAAUAAAUCAAUUAAAAAUUAAAUUAAAUAAAUCAAAUCGUCUUGUUACAUCAUCAUUAUCGGCUACAUGUCAAAAGAAAAAUCAAAUAUUGAAGACUAUCAAAAAUGAAAAAUUACCCAUCUUGGAUUCUGAUGAUGACGAUUUCGAUGAUAUCGAUGAUGAUGAGGAAUCUGAUGAAGACAAUGAUGAUACAACAAAACCAAUUGUAUCAGCCAAUAAAAUAAUUUCUGAUCAGUCGAAACCUCUUGAUUUUACUUCAUCAUCAUCGUCAGGUGGUGAAUCUCUGUCAAAUCUUCAACGAAUUAAUUUAACAUGUAAGACUACUACUAAUAAUGGUCCGUGCAAUGAUGAUGAAGAUGACGAUGCUGAAGAUGAUGACGACGAUGACGAUGAAGUUGGUUUAGUUUCAAAUCCAAAAACAAAAUUGAAAAAGUCUAAAGCUAAGAAUUUAUCUGAAUUAGUUUUUAAUGCAUCAUCGAUGCGUCCAUCAGAUCCAACAAUGAGUUUACUUCAAGAAACAAAUGCGAAUAUUCUUCAAUUACGUCUUGCGCAGAUGAUGACCAGUGCCGCUUUCGAUGGGUCGCUCCCUACAGGUCAAAAUAAUCAUGUUGAUGGAAUGUUGAGUACAUUUGCUAAUUUGCAACGAAAUUUAUUAAAAUUCUUCAAUGAUCCACGAGCAGCUACACAAGCUGCGAUUUCAACAAACCCAAUGAAAGCUAACAUUGCACCCAUAUCGUUAAGUACAACAAAUAAUAAACAAGGUGGUAGCGGUAGAAAACGAAAAUCAACACCAGAAAAACGUGUCAUUACAAAUUAUCGGCCAGCAAAUAAUAAUGGCGAUAUAUCGCCAACAAACAAACAUGAAUUAAUUAGUAAUUCGGCUGAUAAUAUGAAUAAUCAAGAGCACACUGAUCAUCCAUUAGAAUUAACAUUAAAAGGUCCUCAAACAACAAAUCGUGUUUUAGCAUCACCAGAUGUUCAUAAUCUUGUGAUAAAUCGCAAAAAUGAAAAUGACAGUCCAGCACAAUUUCACCAACAUGUUAAUGAAGAUUCUAAAGAGAUUACGACACCGAAUGAUUCGUCUGUAUCUCUUUCAUCAUCGUUUAAUCGUCAUUCGACAAUAGCAAAACGACAACGUCUUGCAACAACUGGUCAAUAUGAUUCUACAAAUACACAAAAUAAUGCUUCAUUGAUGAACUUAACACAAACAACAAAUGAUUUAUUAUCACCAAAUCAUCAUCAAACAACCAUGAAUGAUGAUAGUAAUGUCAAUACAAAUCAACGGCAACAACGUAAAUUAGAUCCACGUUCAUGUUCAGAAUGCGGCAAAGUAUUAUUCAGUGAUAAAAACCUAUUACUUCAUUGUCAAACGCAUGCAAAAAAUGAAAAACAAUGCUGGAUUUGUGGAGUUAAUGAUGAUUCUAUUAAGAAACAUAUUAUCAAUGAACAUGGGAAUCAAAAAAUUACAAAUACUGGUUUCAAAUGUCAACAUUGUGAGAAAGUUUUUCCUGUGUUCGCUGAUUUAGAAACUCACACAAAAGAACAUAGCAAGAAGAAGCCAUUCGAAUGUCCAAUUUGUAAUAAACGUUUUGGUCAACAAGGAAAUUUAAGUUGCCAUCUACGAAUUCAUAGUGGUGUUAAACCAUUUACUUGUCAACAUUGCGGUAAAGCAUUUCGUCAUUCAAAUAGUUUAAGACGUCAUGCACGAACAGUUCAUUCAGCAUCUCGUGGUUUAACAACACCGAAUUCACUUCUUCCUGGCUCAGCAACAUCGUUAUCUAACGAUAUGAAAGGUGAAUCGUAUGAUGAUGUUCCAUCAGCACUUAUGAUACCAUCCGAUGAUGGUUCAUCAUCAGCAGGUGAUGUUCCAUCACCUUCAAUGUCUAAUGCGCAAGUUGAUAGUGAUUAA